AUGGCACACAACCAAGAGAAGUAUGACAUUGUCAUCGUGGGCGCCGGCCCUGUCGGUAUCCUGCUGUCUCUGUGCAUGUCCCGGUGGGGCUACAAGGUCAAGCACAUUGACAACCGCCCGGUGCCUACCGCAACCGGUCGCGCCGAUGGUAUCCAGCCCCGUUCGACGGAGAUUCUCUGCAAUCUGGGCCUGAAGCGCCAGAUCAUGGCCUACAAGCCCGCCAAGGUGUACGAUGUUGCUUUCUGGGAUCCCCUCCCCGAGGGUCAGGGUAUCCACCGCACCGGCAGCUGGCCCAGCUGCCCUCGCUUCAUUGAUACCAGAUAUCCCUUCACCACCCUGGUCCACCAGGGUAAGAUUGAGAGAGUCUUCAUCGAGGAGAUCGAGAAGGCGGGCACCAGAAUUGAGAGACCUUGGACCAUCGUCGGGUUCAAGAACGAUGGCCUGGACAAGACCUACCCUGUUGAAGUGUCGCUGAAGAGCAUUGACACCAAUGUCAUCGAGACUGUCCGCACCAAGUACCUCUUCAGUGGUGAGGGUGCUCGCAGUUUCGUCAGAGAGCAGCUUGGUAUUCAGAUCCGCCACAAGGAUCCCAUCUCCUACGUGUGGGGUGUCAUGGACGGUGUCGUGAGAACCAACUUCCCUGAUAUCGAGACCAAGUGCACUAUCCACUCUGAUGCUGGUUCUAUCAUGGUGAUUCCCCGCGAGGACAACAUGGUCCGUCUCUACGUCCAGAUCGCCUCCUCCACCGAUCCCGAUUUCAAUCCCAGAAAGACUGCCACCGCCGAGCAGGUCCAGGAGACUGCCAAGAAGAUCCUCAAGCCCUACACCUUGGAGUGGGAUCGCGUCGAAUGGUACUCGGUGUACCCGAUCGGCCAGGGUAUCUCGGAGAAAUAUACUCUGGAUGAGCGUGUCUUCAUGGGUGGUGACGCCUGCCACACCCACAGCCCUAAAGCCGGUCAGGGCAUGAAUACUGCUUUCCACGACGCCCUCAACAUGGCUUGGAAGCUGCACGCCGUCGAGUCCGGGUUGGCUGAUCGGUCCAUCCUGAGCACCUACGAGAGCGAGCGCAAGGAUAUUGCCGAGACCCUGCUUGACUUCGACAACAGAUAUGCUGCUCUGUUCUCCAAGCGCCGCCCCACCGCCGGUGAGGUCGGAACUGCCAGCCACACCCAGGUUGUCGCCGGUCGCGAGGAGGAUGAGUUCGUCAAGACCUUCAAGUCGUCUUGCGAAUUCACCUCGGGAUACGGCGUUGCUUACAAGCCCAACAUCUUCAACUGGGAUCCCAGCCACGCUGCCCAGUCGUCUCUGUUCAACAUCCCCGGCGUGAAGCUGACUCCCGGCCGUGCUUUCACUCCUACCACCGUCACUCGUCUUGUGGAUGCCAACAUCGUUCACCUUGAGCAGGAGAUCCCUGCCAACGGAGCCUUCCGUAUCUUCAUCUUCGCCGGCAAGCAGGCCAACACCAAGAAGGCCAUCACCGACUUUGGUGCCAACCUGGAGAAGGAGCGCUCCUUCCUGUCCGCCUACCGCCGCAUCGAUGAGGUCUCCUUCUUCGAGCGCCACCUUCCCCACUCCAAGCUGUUCUCCAUCUGCCUGAUCUAUGCUGCGCAGAAGAACGAGGUUGACGUCGAGGCCAUUCCUCAGAUCCUUCGCGACUACCACCACCACAUCUACUCCGAUGAUUAUCCCGACGUCCGGGUGCCUCUGGCCAAGUUCGCUGCUCAUGAGAAGCUCGGCUUCAACCCCGAGCAGGGUGGUGUCGUUGUCACCCGCCCUGACAGCCACGUUGCUUGUACUGUUCAGCUUGUGGAGGGCAGCGGCACUAUUGAUGCUCUCAACGCAUACUUCAAUGCUUUCACCACGAAGCCUCUGGGCCAGGACCAGCAGAGCCGUCUGUAA